AUGAAGGUGCAAGCUAGGAUAAUUACGGCUGAUUCAUGCGCUGCGUCCUUAAAGCAUGUGAUCCUGAUGAUUUCCCUAACCUGUACAUUCUUCUCGAGAUUGCGACUACUCUUCCGUGACAUCGUGCGAGUGCGAGCGUUCAAUCAGCACAAUGAGAAGGCAGCUGAGAAGGCUAAACAAUUACGUGAGAUGUACCAUUCUCUAUUUUCCAAUUGCCCAUAAUACACUCUGUUUGCCCCCCAAAUUCUGCAUAAACCAUUGUUUUUAAAUGCUCCUGGGAGUAUUGCAUUUUCCCAAGAACAUUUUAAGACAAUAAGUUAUGCAAAAUUUGGGGGGCAAACAGAGUGUAUUUCGGGCAAUUGGAAAAUAGUCAAUGGGCGAGACUAGGCUUUCCUCACUGGCUAUCAUGCAUAUCAAGUACGGACAGAGCGGAGCCGGGGAACUCGGGGACUUUAAAAGCUUUUGCUUCGAGAUACCUUGCAGCACACUUCGAGUUUUGUAAAACGUUUCGUGUACUUAGCCGGUAUGUAUCACUAUGUAUGAAUGUUCCAAGUCAAGCGGAAGUAUUGUUGUUAUGACUAAAAACACCUGUCAUUUCGACUUGAUCGAGUUGGAAAUAUUCACGUGGAGACUACUGAAAAUAGCAUUUCCAGUAUUCUAGGGGCGCGAUCCAUUCAACCAAAAUUCAGACCGGUCCGACCGGGAAAAGAGGACCACCUCAAAAGGUGGACCAGUUUUUUCGAAACUUUUCCGGUUGGACCGAACCGAUCCAUUGAGUUUUGGACCGAAAUUUCCGGAAAUUUUGGUUGAAUGGAUCGCGCCCUAGAUGUCAAAAUUUUCUGGGGGAGCAAUUGCCCCAAGAAACCCUCAGAAACUCGCGCCUUUGGCGCUCGCAGGAUUUCCCGCCGUUAAGAAAUAUUCGUACCGGUACGAACACCCCUUCUCAAACCCCAGCUAUGCCCCUGCCAUUUCUCGGUUAAAGGUACACGAAAGGGGCAUCUUUUCAGUCAAAAUAGUGUGUAAAAGGUAUGCAUAAAACUUUGUAUAGUACCACCAUCCCCCCGGCAGUGGAACAACAUAUAAAAAGAUGCAUGUGAGGCAGCAAAGGCUUUGCCCGGGGGUGGGGGGGGGGCAAUACUUCCUUAAAUAAGCCAUAUAGGUAUGUGCCGCCCCCAAGGGUAGGGUUUUUGCGCCUUUUUGGCCUGAAAAGUAAUAAUGACAUAAUAUCUUAGAGACCAGGUCUGAAAUUGGGUAUGGAUUUUAGAGGUCAGGUCUGAAAAUAGGCGUGAAAAAUGACCUUUUUUGGUCUGAAAUAGGGUUAGGAUUUGGAGAACCAGGCGGCACACCCCAACAAUAGGUGUCCUGUGGUUUAUCCAGAACGAAAUUCCCGCGCAAAAGAAAGAAGAGAGAGAGAGAGAGAGAGAGAGAGAGAAGCAGCAGCUUGCAAACCUUAUAUGAACCCGUAGAUCAAAUUCCUUAAAGAUGAGCAUUUUAAACGACUUAUUUGAACAAAUAAUACAGUCUGAGGAGAGAAUACGCGAACGUUUCACAAAACUACGUGAAGGUUUGUUUUUUUAGGCCGCACGCACUAAAAAGUUUUAAUUUUUAAUUCAUGGCGUAAACAAACCUACCCUGCUAGCAGAGUCGGUUCGAUCUUUCCUAGAUAAGUCGACUUAUCUAGGAAGAUCGAAGGAGACUCAGUUCGCAGGGUAAAACAAACCUUGAACCGGUUCUACCAAACUUGUAUUUCCACUGAUGAAGGGCAAGGCCCCGAAACGUCUGGAAGACAGCCCCACAUAAGAUCAAAACACUUUUGUUCAUACUUUACUUUUUUUGACGAGAUAAGCUUAAUAGCUCAAAAACUCUAAUUUAUUGAGCUAGAUCAACAUGCAAAAACAUGCAAAACUGCAGUGCUUUUACGAUUAUGACUUUCUUUUGUUUCUGUUACAGUAAACAACGAAAUUCAGGUGUACCAAGCGAAAUAUCAAGACUUUACGGAUGAAUUGAAAUCACUGCAAGGACUAUUAGUUCUUAAAAGCCAGCGUUUGGCUGAAGAAGAAAUAAAUCUUAAGUGGUUUAAAAUUAGCGAAACCGUUUUAACACAAAAGAAAAAAGAGCUGUUAGAAAGGGAGGAUAUUCUUAUCCAGCAAAAGGUAAGUUUAAGUUUACGCUGAAGCAGUGGCAUGGCUUUUAAAUGAGUUAAGUUACAGUGCAAAAGUGCCGCUAGUUAGUUACUUUUGCCUCUAGUAGUUUUUCUCCUUAAAAAAUAUAACAAGGACACUAAACGAAUCCGUUCGGAGGAGACAUAAAAAUUCGUAAAUGUUACAGACUAAUGGGCUGGCCUUUCCGCUGGGGAGUAGGCGAGGUAGGCGAGAGGAUUGAGAAGUAGGAGAAAAAUCCCUCUCCGUUCCUUUUGUGGUCUUUUUUCCCACCAGCAGUCUUUUCGCAGGCUAUCUUGGUCUUAUCUGACAUGUUUGAAACUUAUUACCCACUAAGGGACAAAAACAAUAAAAUAAGUCUCUCAUUAACUUAGUUUUGCUAUUAAAUCAAAUUGCACAGAAAAAAAAAUCAUGUUUACCAAAACUAUUUUGAAUUCUCCCUUAAAGCGUUGUUACGGUGACCUGUUAAUGUCAGAUGAAAUGGGCAUACUUAUUCAAAAUUCUACGUGUUCUAGAAAUAGCCUGUGCCACAGACAACGCCUGUCCUUUGUCUGUAAUUUGAUAAAUGUAGGACUUUAUUCACCAUAUUUGUGCUGGUACACCUCUACCUCUGGAGGACAUUGAAUAGUACUCAUUGCCAGAGUUAUUUUAAAAUAAUUUAGAUGUCAUUCUUUCUAUAAAAUUUCAAAGUCAAACUCUUUUCUUUUUUCUGUAGGAAGAAAUGGAAGAUGCAACUGACUGUGAUAAGUACGUACUGACAUCAAUGUUACACUACAUAUUUGUUUCAUGAACAAUUUAUGACAAUAUUAAGAGGUUCCAGUAUUCCAUAAAAAAAACCCUUAAAAUGUUUUAGGGGCAGUGUCCAAUAAAAAUCAUUUCAAGACUGUUUUAAUAUCAAACAUUGUCAACUAACAUCCAACUGAACUGUAGCCUUCAAUUAUUUUUGCAGAGAAGAAUUUUCCAGAGAAGUUGUUAAAUUCAUGGCUCUCUUUGAUUUUUGUGGAAAAGGAAAAGAGAAAAGAAUGACAGAAACCAAUGAAGUGAUGGGGGAACUCAAAAGUGACGAACAGAGAAUAAAACAAGGUAAAUAUUAGAAUGUGUACCUAAACCUUGUUAAACUCAACUGUAAUCAAUUUCUCCUAGUAAUUUAUUAAAUAAUUCAAACUUCUCUUCAUGAAAUAAUUUAACCUCUAAAAUUUAAGUAAUGGUUUGAGUUUAUCUUUAGAAUUUGCUUAUAAAUAACAAAUUACUGUUAUCAUUAUUGUGCAAGUUUUAAAGAGGAAAUAAACUGCUCUUAUACUUUUUAAACUCUAUACUUAAACAUAUAGUUCUAAAUAACUUUGUAGUAAAAUGUCACAAAAACCAAGUAAAAAAUAAACAAAAAUUAGGAUGAUAAAAACAAGACAUUUGUAUAAGUGAAAAGGCCUCCACCAGUACUUAAUGGAAAUGGAAUCAGGACCACUCCUGAAACAUAGCCUGUGUACAGACCUCCCCCCUCCCUCAGGAAAAAUCGAGAAAGGAGAUGUCUGUGAAUCGCCGUCGUUAAUCGUGUGGUCCUGUAUACAUUUGCAUAAAUUAUUUUUUUGUUUUUUUACCGACAGUUGAAAAGGUACGUGUGGGUCGAAAAAUAGCUCUCGCAUCUGUGCACAGGCUAGCCGAACAUCUUCACGCAAUGUCCACCCAAAAAUCCAGAUUUAAGAUCUCUGAUUACAGUCAAGCCAGGUCAAGCGUACCUCCCAAGAUCCCAUUAAUGUAUUUAUUAUUCGAAAGUUGAACCAUUGGUAGUUGUAGAUUUCAGAUUCAUGCAUCUCUGUGUGCAUUCUUGCAUGUGUAAUGCGCCGUGAAUUCGCACGCGAUUCAGUUACGAAAUUUCUACCAGCUCAGUUUCCCUGAAUUUGAUGUAAAUGUCUUCUAAGACAUUUAAUCCAUUCAAAGAUUUUCAAUCUGACCAAAUGCAGAGAAGUUCUCUUAAAAUAUUCACUGCUCAUUACGCAUACAGGAAUACCAAUUUAAAUUUGACACCAGUUAUGGGAACUACUAACGGAUUCAUUUAUACAAAUAAUCAGUUCAUUAAUAGAAUCUUUUUGGGGUAAGCUUGACCUGCCUUGGCUGUUAACGUUGGAUUUUGUAUGCCUUCUCUUUUAUUUACAAUACCUAGCAGCAAACAUCGGUGGUAACUUCUCAUGCCUUUUUGAGAGAGCCGAAAUACAAAUACCGGUAAACAAAUAUGAAUGUCCACAAAGGCUGAGCUUUUCCCCGGGAAAUCUAUUCUGAGGUUCCUUCACCAAUCACAACACCGGAAAUUAUAUGUGUCAUGGCAUUAACAUUACAACCAAUCAGAGGCUGUCCCCAACAUUCCGGGGAAACCGGAACAAGAUUUUCGUCGGCAAUUCACAGACGUUUCCUCUCCCGUUUUUUCCCGAGGGAGGGGGGACGUCUGUACACAGGCUACUGAAACACACUUUACAUAGUACAAUGUUGACUUAACAACAAGUUUUGAUCUAAACAUGUACCUAAAACGUCCCUGGGUGUUACGAGUGGUUAUACAACAAUUGCUUUGUCGAGCAAGCAUGGAAUUGUGGCUUUCUGUAUUAUUUACAAAACAUCAUUUGCCCUAAUGCCAAGCUUCUUUAUGAUCACCUCAAGUUUCAAAUCACCCUCCUGGCACACAAAUGAUGAUAUGAUACCACCUAAUUUCCUGGUAUGGGCAUAGUAUAAUAAUAAUAAUAAUAAUAGUAAUAAUAAUAAUAAUUAUUAUUAUUAUUAUUGCGGGCAGCAAGAGGAGGCCGCAAUCCUAAUCUCCAGGUUGUUAUUAUGAAUGCGUCGCAUGUGUGUAGCCAGCUCCUGCAGCAUUCGUUUGGACUUGCACUAAGAAUGAAUGGAAUACACAGAAUGCAGUUUGAUCAUGCAAGUUUGGACCUUCCAUCACUCGUAAUCUGAUCAUGUGCGUUUUGACUAUCUGUCACAUGAAACUUACACAAAGCACUGUGAUCACUGUCGCUCGCACUCCAUAACCUUCAGUUAUUACUUGUUAUUAUUAUUGCCACUACAAUCAUCAUCACUUUUAUUGUUAUAAUGCACGAGAAAAAAUUCUUAAAGUUUUGCUGGUCAACUGGAAACUUCCUUUAAAGGGGCUGUGUACAAACCAAAGACCAAAGACAAGACUGCACAAAACCAAACACCCAACUGAUGUGAAACUAAAAGGGGUUGACUAACUCAUAACACACCUCCUCAGGCCAACAGCCACCUUAAAUGUCUUAGUUCCUUAAAUAAGAGUGUUUUGGUUUAAGUAUUCAGGAAAAUAAGAAGUCUACUCAUUAACAAGUCAGUUUUCAGAGGAUGUGUUCAGAGUAUCCUAAAUCUUUGCCUCCUCCUGUAAUAUAGAAAUGGCAAGAUUGGAGCAAACUCAAGAACAAAAGAAGAAUUUGCUAAAGGAAAAAAAUGAUUUAUUAGUCAUUAAAAGUCAGUUGCAGAGCAAACUCACGGGUAUAUAAAUAAAUAUGUUUAAUAAAAGCUUGGUGGAUUUUCAUGUUCAUUUAAUUCCGUACAACUGUCACUCAUUUAAUGCACUUUUCAGAUAGUGGACUGCACUUCAUUUUUUUUACUAGUGUAGAUAUCAAAAGCACCAACUUACGGAAAGGUUUGGGUUGCCAAAAAAAAGAAAAAUGUAUGACUGUCCACCCAAGUGUGACCUUGUUGCACUCUCUCAUUCUCAGUGGAGUGGAAUGAGAGAAAAGUUGAAUUCACUGUCCCUUAAGCCCUAAAGGGCGGGGUUGCCCCCAGCUAAACUGACAUUAAAAAGCCUAGUUGUGACUGACCAUCUACCCUUGUUAAUGAAGUUAUUUGUUUUGGUUCCCUUUUAAUAAGACCUCCAUAUCUCAUAGCCAUUCAGCAUUUCAGUCAAAACAAAGAAUUGCCAGCUUUAUUAUUGGAUUCUUGGUUAAGAACACAACCACUUGUUGCCUGCCAUCUCAAUUACAUAUGCAAAUUAUUGCUUUCAAAAAAGGUAAAGAAUUCUUGGCUAUAGAUGGAAAGAAGACUUCUAACUGUCUUCUAACUGAGAGCAAUGUAUUGAGUGUUCUAGUGUUUGGUAUGUCAUUUCACUGCUUUGUGACUGUUGGAUGACCUGUUUUGGGUUUUGUUCACCUGGUGGACUUACAGUCUGGAACUCUCUUGGUGUACCAAUUCUUUUGUUCUCUUUGACAUAAUCCUUAUAAAUAUCAUUGAGACAAAUUUCUUUCUAUGAAGAUCAGUUAGUUGCUUCCUUGAGCAAGAACCAUAAACCCAAGGGUAAAAUGGCCAGUGUAACUUGUACAAGUUACUUUUCAUUUGCUAUUCCCCAAUCAGUUCUGACUACUCAGCUACUAAAUGCAGUCAACCAGACGCAACUUCUACAGGCUGAGAAGCAAAGGGCAGCUCUGAAACCUCAGAAUGAUGCUGAAUUCAGGAGGUCAGUAAAU